AUGGCUAUGGAUACUGCUGCUGUGGACGCAGAGAACCAGGGUCCGACCAUUCUAGCAUUAUGCUGGGUCCUGGUCAUGAUCCCCGGUCUGGUACUUGGUCUGCGGAUCUGGUGUAAAACUGCACUGAGUAACAGAGGAUUCAGUGGAUUCGGUUUUGAUGACAUGAUUGUCCUAUUCGCAUGGUCAUUGCAUCUGGUUUACACGGUUCUUAUUACAAAGGCUGUGAAGUUGGGAGUAAUUGGCAGACACGCGGCCGCCAUCGAAAACCCGGAUCACAUUCCAGAGGCUCUCAAAUUGGUCUACAUUAGCUUCGUGAUUCUGAUCCUUGGUUGUGUGUUCAGUAAGACCUCUUUCGCCUUUACCCUCCUCCGCAUUGUGACAAAAACAUGGAUGAAGGCUCUUCUAUGGUUCAUCAUCGUCACGAUGAACGCUAUCAUGUGGCUCUGUGCUGUGAGCUAUCUAGCUCAAUGUACACCAACUGCUGCACUGUGGAACACCAAGUUAGCGGCUACAGCUAAAUGCUGGCCAACUAAUGUUUUUGAGGACAUUGCUCUCGUGGCGGGAGCUUACUCUGGGUGCAUGGACUUUAUCCUUGCUCUCCUUCCUUGGCUGAUCAUCUGGAAACUCGAGAUGAAGAAGCGAGAGAAGAUUGGUAUUGCUCUCGCUAUGAGCAUGGGUGUUUUUGCCGCGAUCACAAGUUUCAUCAAGACUUCUAAGCUCGUCAACGUUGCUAUGGUGCAGGACUUUACCUACUUCUGCUCCAGCAUCGCCAUCUGGGCCUCCGCCGAAACCGGUUUCACCAUCUUCGCCGCCUCGAUCCCCGCCCUCCGAAUCCUCAUCGUACGUAUUCGCUCCAGCUACCAGAGGAGUGAUGGAAAUGAAGGCAACUACCCGCUCAGCAGCAAGUCCGGUAUUGAAACAACACAAGAGGUGACGGUUGAGCGUGGCACAAGCGAGGAGAGGAACAUGGAGAGAGAUACGGAGGAGUAUCAUGAGGCUCAUGAGGCUCAUGAGGCACGUUGA